GUGAUUUCCAAAUAAUAAACAAAUUUUUACUUCUGCGAGAUCAAGAUCUAGAUCUAGAUCUACUAAUCUAGACUCAAGAUCUAGAAUCUAGAUUCUAUGCCUAGAAACUUUCGCCAUUGAUGUAUUAAUGGGAGUAUUGGUGCUACCAGCAUCCAACUAGUCACUUCUAUCAUUGGUCUACUAUCUGAAAUUCUUUUUAUUGGAAAUGCUGCUGAUAAACUAAUUAAAAAAAAACUAUAGAUAAAAAGGAAACAUUCUUGGUCGAAUUAAUCAGAGCGAGGGGAGAUCACAAACCUUAGGUGGAUGACAAAUCAUAAUAUUUAAGCAGACCUCAAACAUAAGCUGACAUAAUGCCAAAAAAAAAAGAGUUGUACAUGGGCAAAUGUCUUGGAGAUUUGCACAAGUUAAGUGAUGUGAAAACACUUUCAACAAAUAAUGUUGCUAUCAUUAUUAAAUCAAACAACAAAGUUUUUCAAGAUGCAGAGGCAUAUGACUUGCAGGGAGAUGAAGAGAGAGCAUUUGUUUUUUACAUAAAAUACUUUAAUCUGCUUCGUCUCGUAAAAUCCAAACCAGAGUAUAAAAAACAAAAAGAUUAUUUUGAUAAACUGAUAGGGAGUUCUAAUCAAGUAAAAGCUAUUGAACGAGCAGAGAAACUUGCUGAAAGUUUAAAAGAAAGAUAUGAUCUAAAAGAAGCUGAAGCAAUUGCCAAUACAUUGUCUGUACUAGAAGCAGAUGAAGAAAUUGCUGUGAGUGAGAAUGUUAAAGAUGGUGUUGAGGAGUCAAAUAAAAAACUGGAGGAAACACAAUCAGAGGUAACUUCACUAAAACAAAACCCAAGUUCAAUCAGCAGUUUAAAUCUUUGUAAUUUACUUCGAGACAAUACAGCUAAAGUAAUUAUCAUGGAUGUUCGCUCAGCUGAAGAUUUUAAUGCAUCACAUAUAAGUCAUUCGGACUGCAUUAGUGUCCCUGCAGAAAUUAUAUCACCUGGCUCAACUGUGAAACACAUAAGUGCUAAUCUUCCCAGCAAAUCAACAACCUCGUGGUCUCAACGAAUGAAUGCAGAUCAUAUAAUUUUAUUAGACUGGAAUUCUACUUUAGAAAAUAUUUCAAUUGGCCACCCAUUAAAAACUCUGAAGGAUGCACUCUAUAAGUUUGACACCAGCUGCAUCAUCAAAUCAGAGCCACUUGUGCUGGAUGGAGGCUAUGAAUCCUGGCUUUUAUUUUAUCCCACACUGACUACAAAUCCCCAUGUGAUAAGGCCUAGUGACUCCAUCCCUGCUAAACCUCCUUCACCUACUGUAACCUUGGACUUUGAUUACCCAGAUUUGGAUGAAAAGUUAAAACCAAAAGAUGUUGUGUCUUUACAACCAGCCAAGCUGCCAUUACAACCAGCCCAGCUGCCUUUACCUGCUUUAGAAAGUAGCAAUUCAGCAGGUUCAGAGUUAAAACUAUUUCCACAAUUUGAUCGUAAACUUAAGCCAUCAAAGACAGAAGAUGUGGAUUUAAGCCCAUAUAUAAAGAAUUCAUUUGCUGAAAAUGUUUCUCAACUUGAGAACAAUUUAGAAUCUGUUCACAUGAAAUCAUUUAAAAGUACAAACUUGAACAAUGAUUUACUGGCCCAUGGACCUAAAAACAGCAACUUAACAAUAAAAAACAACUUGGUCUCCGAUAUUAGUAAAGGAGAGAGAGAGAAGAAUGGGGGGAAAGAAUUUCAGCCAAAUACUGAUGUGCUGCCAGGACCAGACAAAAGCAAGGUUGAGGACAUGGAGAAAAGUUUGAAAGAUCUUCAGCUUAUGAAAAAGAAGGAAGAAAAAGAUGUAGCUGCUCUGCUGAGGUUAAAGAAAAAGUUAAAGGAGAAUCUUGAUGAGGAAGCUAAACAACAGGAGGACCAGAGAAAAUUCCUUUCUUUGGAAGACGAAAAAAGGCUUCUAGGUUUAGAAGAGGCAAAACGUGACGAAGCAGAAAAGAAGCGUAGGAUGGAAGAAGUGGAGAAACUACGGCAAGACAGAAAAAAAGACACACAUUUGAAAGAUAUGGAAAGAAAGCUUAAAGAAGAAGAAGAAAAAAGAAAGCUGAUGGAGGCUGAGCUACUGCAACUGAAAAACAAGUCAAAAGACAGUGAGAGCAGCCUGGGCAGGUUGGAGGUGAAUGUUGUAGAUAAAGGCGAUGAUGGCAGGCCUGGUGUUGAUAAUCAAAAUAUUAGAGAGGAAUUUCAAGAAAAGGUGAUUAAGGAAAGAAUACAAAAUGAAGAAGAGGAAAAAAGAAGAUUAGCAGAAGAGCAAGAAAGAGCAAAGAAGGACUUUGAAGAGAAGGAAAGAACUAAACAUGAAUUGGCAGAAAGGGAGAGAGCUAGACGUGAAUUGGAAGAGAAGGAAAGAGCUAAACAUGAAUUGGCAGAAAGGGAGAGAGCUAGACGUGAAAUGGAAGAGAAGGAAAGAGCUAAACAUGAAUUGGCAGAAAGAGAGAGAGCUAGGCGAGAAAUGGAAGAGAAGGAAAGAGCUAAACAUGAAUUGAUAGAAAGGGAGAGAGCUAGACGUGAAUUGGAAGAUAAGGAAAGAGCUAAACAUGAAUUUGCAGAAAGAGAGAGAGCUAGACGUGAAUUGGAAGAGAAGGAAAAAGCUAAACAUGAAUUGGCAGAAAGAGAGAGAGCUAGACGUGAAAUGGAAGAGAGAGCUGCACAAAAGACUAAAAUAACUCCAGAAAGCUCAUUUAAUAAAGCCGCUGGACAGACAAGAGUGACCGUUGUACCAUCACAAAAUCUGCCUGUUGGCUGGGAAAAGCGCCUUGACCCGGCCACCAACAGAUACUUCUACAUUGACCACAAUAAUGGGAGUACACAUUGGACUGCUCCUGCUAUGCCACUUUCUAAACCCACAGAUACAUUCAAGAUGCCUCUUAAAGAGGAGCCAGCAGUUUUAAGCUCACGUGGACUAAGUCGCUCACAUUCUUCCCCAAACAUUAAAAAGCUACUAGAAGAUGAAGAGGAAAAUACUAAAAAUUUUCCUGCUGUGAACAGGGCCAUUAAGCCUUUACCUAAACAGAUUGUACGAAAACGCGAUUUAAAUCCAGUCUAUGGCAAUGUGGGUCCUGCACUCACCGGGCUUAGAAAUCUGGGCAACACUUGUUACAUGAAUUCAACUAUUCAAUGCCUCAACAACACAUCACCUCUUGUUGUCUACUUUCUUCAAGAUAACCAUCUGUUCACCAUUAAUAGAGAAAGCUCUCAAGGAAUGCAUGGAGAAGUGGUAGAUGAAUUUGCCUAUGUGAUAAAAGCUCUGUGGUCUCAGCAGUACCGAUCUAUAACACCACGAGAUUUGAAGAAUGUAGUUGGCCAGUACAAUCCAAUGUUUGCUGGUUACCAGCAACAGGAUUCACAGGAGUUUCUCACUUUUUUGCUGGAUGGGUUGCAUGAAGGUUUAAAUGAGGUGAAGAAGGCUCCACCCAUCCCAGAACAAGAUAAUGACAGGCUCACAGAUGAGUAUGCUGCACAGAUAGCCUGGCAACAUCAUAAACUGCUACACAAGUCUGUCAUUGUUGAAUUGUUUCAGGGGCAACUGAAAUCCACACUAACUUGUGGAACUUGCAAAAAGAUGUCAGUCAAUUUCCAAGCCUUCAUGUUUUUGUCUCUGCCUAUUCCAGCUUCUUCUAAAUGCUCUUUGAAGGACUGUAUUAAAGAAUUUCUAAACCCAGAACUGAUGACAGGAAGUAGCAAAUGGAAAUGUCCGCAGUGUAAAGUGGAGAGAGACUCCAAGAAAAAGAUUGACAUUUGGAAACUUCCUCCUAUUCUACUGAUUGGAUUAAACAGGUUUUAUGCUGAAGGGAUGUGGAUGCAGAAGAAAACCACUUUUGUUGAUUUCCCUCUUGUGGAUUUAGACUUCUCCCCCUACAUCAUAGGCCCUCGUCCUCGCAACAAAUAUAGUUUAUAUGGAAUAUCAAAUCAUUAUGGUACAAUGGAAGGUGGUCAUUACACAGCAUUUUGCCGCAACACUGUCAAUAAAAAAUGGUACAAAUUUGAUGACCUAGAUGUGUACGAAAUAUCAAGCUCUGAUGUGAAGAGCUCAGCUGCCUUUGUGCUUUACUAUACAUCGAUUGACAUGCCAGCACCGAUAUAUAAACCUCACCUGUAACAGCCUUUACAGCAAAUUAGAGGAGGCAAACUAUCUAUUUGGAUGAAUUUCAUUGAUUGAAAAGCAGCAUGCUUUAAGAUUGCAUAGCAACCUGAAUUAAGAUUGCAUAGCAUUAGCAACCUGCUUUAAAAUAUGCCUA